CAUGUUCGCGUAGCUUUCAAAGCGUUUUGCAAGUUUCUUCGAAUUUUUUCCAUAUAAAAGAUCUCGUGUAAUAAAUAUUGGUUUUUAUAAUUAAUUGCUGCAAAGAUGGAUACGGAGAUCGAUCAGAAUCUGGAACAGAUAACACGCGAAUAUGUUGAUUUUCUUGAUGAUAUGGAAGAUCAAGGUAUAUAUGCCACUAUGGUUAAGAAUAUGGUCCAGGAAAAUAAAUACAGACUAGUUGUGAAUAUCAAUGAUUUAAGAAGGAAAAAUCCUGUACGUGCGGCAAGCUUAUUAAAUAAUUCUUUCGAGGAACAACAAGCAUUUCAAAAUGCCUUACAACAAUAUAUUUCAAGUAUAGAUAUUGAAUAUGCCAAGAGCAACAAAGAUUUCUUUGUAGCUUUUGAAGGUAGUUUUGGAAACAAACAUGCCACACCAAGAACACUUACCUCACGUUAUCUGGGUAACUUGGUAUGUGUAGAGGGUAUCGUCACAAAAUGUUCACUGGUACGACCAAAAGUUGUAAGAAGCGUCCAUUACUGUGAUGUGACCAAAACAGUCCUAGAAAGAGCCUACUCGGACUUAACUUCCUUGGAAGCUUUUCCACAUUCUGCUAUUUAUCCAACUACUGAUGAAGAUGGCAACCCAUUGGAAACAGAAUUUGGUUUGUCUACUUACAAAGAUCAUCAAACACUCACUAUACAAGAGAUGCCGGAGAAAGCUCCAGCUGGACAGCUACCGCGAAGCGUGGACGUAAUCUGCGAUAAUGAUUUGGUGGACUUAUGUAAACCCGGAGAUCGAGUACAGGUCGUUGGAAAUUAUCGAUGUCUCCCAGGAAAGCAAGGCGGAUACACGACUGGAACGUUUAAGACUGUUCUAAUUGCCAACAAUGUGAUGCAACUGAGUAAGGAAGCUAAUCUCGCGAUUUCCCACGACGAUGUGGCUAUGUGCAAAAAACUGGCAAAGAAUAAUCCCUGCAAAAAUAUUUUCGAACUCCUCGCUAAAUCUCUCGCACCAUCUAUACAUGGAAACGAAUACAUAAAAAAGGCAAUUCUGUGUCUUCUGUUAGGCGGAGUGGAAAAGAUCUUGCCAAACGGUACGAGACUAAGAGGAGAUAUAAACGUGUUGCUAAUUGGAGAUCCAUCAGUGGCCAAAUCACAGCUACUACGUUAUGUAUUGUGUACUGCUCCACGAGCAAUUCCGACUACUGGGCGUGGAUCUUCUGGUGUUGGUCUGACAGCGGCGGUUACAGUCGAUCAGGAGACUGGCGAGCGUAGACUAGAAGCGGGCGCGAUGGUGCUGGCGGAUCGCGGUGUCAUUUGCAUCGACGAAUUUGACAAAAUGUCAGAUAUUGACAGGACAGCGAUACACGAAGUGAUGGAGCAGGGGAGAAUUACGAUCGCCAAAGCAGGCAUUCAUGCCAGUCUGAAUGCUCGUUGUUCGGUACUGGCAGCUGCGAAUCCUGUAUACGGAAGAUACGAUCAAUAUAAGACACCUAUGGAGAACAUCGGCCUGCAGGAUUCUCUGCUAUCGCGUUUCGAUUUGCUCUUCGUUAUGCUAGACGUGAUCGAUUCGGAUCAGGAUCACAUCAUCAGUGAUCACGUCGUGAGAAUGCAUCGAUACAGAAAUCCUCUGGAGCAAGAUGGGGAGGCUUUGAGUUUAGGUUCCAAAUUGGAUAUGUUAACCACGAAAAAUCCGGAUGAUGUCGCUACUGAAGAGACGCAAACCCAAGUUUAUCAGAAAUACGAUCCGCUUCUACAUGGACAAACGCGUGCUAAGAACGACCAGAUCCUCACCAUACAGUUUAUGAGAAAAUAUAUUCAUAUUGCACGAUGCAUGAAACCCAAGCUUACGGAAGAAGCCAGCGCCGUUAUCGCGGAAGAAUAUUCGAAACUUCGGUCGGAAGAUAUGGUGGAAUAUGAUGUUGCGAGGACUCAACCGAUAACCGCGAGAACCUUGGAGACGCUGAUCCGGUUAGCGACAGCACAUGCGAAAGCACGGCUCUCGAAAAAUGUCGAAGAAGAAGACGCGCGCGCCGCGAUAGAGCUAGUGCAAUUCGCCUACUUCAAACGCGUACUGGAAAAGGAAAAAAGAAAGCGAAGACGUCGUGACAGCGACGCAUCGGAGAAUGCGGGCGAUAUUGAUGAGAGUAGACAACCAAAACGCAGUAAAAAGACGAAAAAUUCAGACGAUCCUUACGAGUAUGAUAGCGACGAUGCGUUCGAUAUUCCGAGCACGAGAAUAACCAGGACGCAGUCACAAAGAAUCAGCACGCGCACGUCCCCUAGUCGCACGGAGACCGCGGAGAGCAUGGAAACAUCUGUUCCGGAAACAGCAACGCCGACAGUCACACAGGAAAGACUUACAAUCUUCAAGUCAUCACUUCACAAGUUGUUCCAAGACCGAAGGGCUCAGACAAUUCCGCUAAGAGAAGUCACCAGUUAUCUAAACACAACACAAUCUUUGAAUUUUACAAACGACGAAAUCAACGCCGCCAUCAACGUUAUGACUGAGGCAAAUCAAAUUAUGGAAGCAGAAGGCAACAUCUUCCUGAUAUAAAAUCUUACUGUACCAAAGAUUAUGGUGCCGGCUAAUGCGUAAAAGAAGACAAGAAGAAACAUGCCGAAUAUGAUGAAGAAACUUUUGCAGACAGACACACCGACUGUCAACAUCAGCAUCUUGAGAGUCGUGUGUUUGCCGGUGAUGGUG